CCUUGCGCGUUCCUUUCCAUCCGCGUGCCCGUGGUUUGUCCUGCGUCUACACCGAGGGGUUCCAUCAGGGAAGAGAAAUGCCGACAAAAAUGAUCUUAGAAACUGAAGAUCAAGCCAUGGAUGACAACCUGGACGCCGUCGCGGAGGCUAAACGCCUAAAGAAAAAGAACAAAGAGGCGAAGAAGCUGAAAAACCAGAUGAACUUGGAGGAGCAGGAAGAGCAGCAGGACCUGGACUGUGAACCUCCAGCACCAAAGAAAAAAAAGAAAAAAGACUCCCUUCCAGUGGACCAAGUCAACGACCACAACAAGGAGGACACACUCAUAAACGACAUCAGUGCUGACACGCCAGAGAAGAUGAAGAAGAAGGCUGAAGGAGAUUCCGAGAAAAAAAAGAAGAAGAAUAAGAAAGCAGAGGCUGAAACAAACGGACAUUCCAUCCCAGACACCCCCGCACCCACACCGGCCCAGUCCAGUGAAGACUCGGCCAGCGACAGCGAAAAAGAAAUGGGGGAGACACCAGAGCAGAAGGAAGGGGCCUUCUCCAACUUCAGGAUUUCCCAAUUCACUAUUGAUAAACUGAAAGCUCGGGGAGCCACUUACCUGUUUGACAUUCAGGUGAAGACAUUCAAUCCUGUUUACGAUGGCGAGGACGUCAUUGCCCAAGCCCGAACAGGAACAGGAAAGACUUUCUCAUUUGCCAUCCCUUUGGUGGAGAAGCUGCAGUCGGAUUCAGUGGCGUUGACUAGAGGCCGGGCUCCCAAGGUCUUGGUGUUAACUCCAACUAGAGAGUUGGCAAUCCAGGUCGCAAAGGACUUCAAAGACAUCACCAGGAAGCUGUCUCUCGCCUGUUUCUAUGGAGGCAGCUCAUACAACCCACAGCUUGAUGCAAUCCGAAAUGGUAUCGACAUUUUGGUGGGCACACCCGGGCGCAUCAAAGACCACCUCCAGAACAACAAACUGGACCUCUCUAAACUGAAACAUGUUGUUUUGGAUGAAGUUGACACAAUGUUGGACAUGGGAUUUGCAGAACAGGUGGAAGAGAUUUUGUCGACCUCAUAUGAGAAAGAUUCCGACUCCAACCCACAGACCCUUCUGUUUUCGGCCACCUGCCCUCCCUGGGUUUACGAGGUAGCCAAGAAGUACAUGAGACAAGAGUGCAAACACGUAGAUCUGAUUGGCAAGAAAACACAGAAAGCUGCAACAACUGUAGAACAUCUGGCCAUAGCGUGUCACUGGUCGCAGCGUGCAGCUGUAAUCGGGGAUGUGAUCCAGGUUUACAGCGGCAGCCACAGCAGGACCAUCGUGUUCUGUGAAACCAAGAAAGAUGCCAACGAACUUUCCACAAAUGCAUCCAUCAAACAGAGUGCCCAGUCCCUCCAUGGUGACAUUCCUCAGAAACAGCGAGAGAUAACGCUGAGGGGCUUCAGGAACGGGGCGUUUGAGGUUCUGGUUGCCACCAACGUUGCAGCCCGUGGAUUAGACAUCCCCGAAGUCGACCUGGUGGUCCAGUGUUCUCCACCAAAGGAUGUGGAGUCAUACAUCCAUCGCUCUGGACGUACGGGCCGAGCCGGCAGGGCUGGAGUCUGCAUCUGUUUCUACCAGAGGAAAGAGGAGGACCAGCUGCGCUACGUAGAAAACAAAGCCGGUAUCACAUUCAGACGAGUUGGCGUUCCCACUGCAAACGAUAUCAUCAAGUCCUCGAGCAAGGACGCUGUCAGGUUUCUGGACUCUGUUCCAGUCACAGCUGUCGCGUACUUCAGAGCCUCAGCGGAGAAGCUGAUAGAGGAGAGAGGAGCAGUUGAUGCACUGGCUGCUGCCCUGGCACAUAUCUCUGGAGCCACCAGCCUCGAGCAGAGGUCACUGCUCAACUCUGAUGCUGGUUUCACCACUGUGCAGAUGGUGUGUUCUCAGGAGAUGCAUAAUCUGGGUUAUGCUUGGAAAUCCAUCAAAGAGCAGCUUGGAGAAGAGUUUGAGACCCACAUUCAGAGAAUGACCUACCUCAAAGGCAAAAUGGGCGUUUGUUUUGAUGUCCCAGCUGGCAAAGUCAAAGAGAUUAUGGAUGGCUGGACCGACGGUCGCCGUUGGCAACUGACUGUAGCCACAGAGCUCCCAGAACUGGAGGAGAAGCAGUUCAGUAACCGCGGAGGAGGCUUCGGUGGUGGAAACCGCGGUGGAGGCUUCAGAGGUGGUAGAGGUCGUGGUUUUGGAGGAGGUGGUGGUGGCCGUAGUAACGGGUUUCGCAGCGGUGGCUUCAACAGCAACGUCAAAGGAGUACACAAACGCGACUUCGGAGAAGCUUUUGAUUAUUGAAGUGCCAACCUGUGGACUGAUAGGACCGACCGCCACUCAUCUGGCUGGCAGGGUUUUUUAUGGCCGGUCAGAGUGUAAUCAAUGCAUUUCCAUCAUAUGCUUUCAGAUAACCAGCUUACAGUAUGUCAGAUAAACCAAUAUUCCCUCUUUCAAAAUAAAAUGAAAAUUCCAUCAGAUCUGGUAAAUCACAUUUGUUCCAAAUUGGACAUUUGCUGUUUACGAUUACUUUCAGUGUUCAGUUUACGAACACAGCGCCACUGGUUGUGAUUUUGUGAGGCCAGCCGUGUGCCUUUUAGAGAACCCAUGAGUUGAAACUCAAUAAACCAAGUUGCCAUGACCUGAAUGGCAUGAGAUCAAAACCAUUUGUUACUCAACCUAUUGUAAACGUUUAGCAUUAUAUGGCUAAAAAUUAAACUACCGCUUGAAUGUGUCAUUCAGUGAUUGUGUUUUCAUGUUUGGGGAGUGGUGGCAGUACUUGAGCCUAAUCCAAAGGUGGAACUCAUUUUGACCCAACAACGUGUUACAUAACUACACUUGAUAACAGUGUCCUGAAGACACUGUCAUGUGGUAGGCAGUGUUUCUACCCUGCAGCCCCGGAGAGUGGGGAAGAAAUGGGUGUUUUAAGGAUGUGCCCAAGGUCGACCUGCUGCCGUACAGUCAGCUCAAGUCUUCCCCAAAAUAUAUUUGGGUGAUUGAUUUUGCAAUUGCCUCUAUUUAAUAUGUUCUGCUUCCAUUUAUUUGAAUGAAAUUAGUUAUUCAUUAAAAAAAGGUCAACUCGGA